AUGCCGCGAGCAAACAAGAGAAGAAAGCUGGCCCAGGCCCAGGCCGAGCUCCAGGUACGUGGUCCGCAUGCGUUCCCCGGCUCCAUAGCCACGGCCCACUAUGCUAACACGAUCAACCCGUCACGAAUCACGAUUCAGGUCCAGACCGUCUCCAAGUCCAAGCACCUCAGCUCAGACGAUGAAGAUGACAACUUAUUGUCGCACAAGGCCGUCUCUAGCCAUCCAGCUCGCCAAUCGUCCUUGACAGCGAAACCACAGCCUGCAGAAGCCAAGGCGCCGCCGAACCGACGAUUCCAUCCGGAGGUCGAAUAUCCAAAGAGAGAGAGCUUAGAGAGCGUCCAAGUGCCCUUUGGUCCAUGUAUAAUGCUGGCCUGUCGAGGCGACGACGCUGGAUGUCCUUGCUGCGGCAGUGAAGCCCAUACGAGUGAUAUCGUCAUCGCGUUCGACGGCGCCUGCUCCAAUAACGGGAAGCCGAAUGCGCUCUCGUCAAUUGGUGUUUAUAUUGGGCCCAGAAAUCGACUAAACAUCUCGUGUACCCUCAACUCCCUUGAUAAACAUACCAGCGAGGUGGCUGAAUUGGAGGCUUGCGAGGAUGCCUUGACACGGGCAGGCUUCAUAGAGGCUUACUUAUCGGUUGUGCAUCCUUUGCGACGGGUUGUCCUCAAGUCGGACUCCGAGUAUGUCGUAAGAGGGGUUACGGAGUGGCUGCCGAAGUGGAAGAAGAAUGGGUUCAAGAACUGCAGAGGAUUGCCGGUGGCCAACGCGGGCCACUUCAAACUGAUCGAGUGGAUGAUCGAGCAGCUGGAGCAAGACUUGAAGGUCGAGUUCUGGCUGGUGCCGCGGAAGAUGAACCAAGAGGCUGAUAAUCUAGCCAAGAUGCGCUUGAAAUCUGACGUGCCCACAGCAAUUGAUGCCUUGUUUGGUCCAGUCCCCGGCGACUAA